AUGGAUACGCUAAGCCUCCAUCUUCCGCCUGUGAUUCCAGACUCCUAUUAUGACAUCCCCGGUACGGGAGCCGGUUACCAGGCCGGGUACGAAACACCCGUGUGGACGACGCGAGACGAGGGGUCUCGGGGGUGCCCGCCGGCCCCAAGGGAACGAGUGGGAGACGGCGCGUUUACCACCAACGCAUUGGAUACAGCUGAUCACCAACCACCGAAUCAACAAACUGAUAUAGAUGAAACCGACUGGCCAGAAGACGGUGAGGGAAGAGCGGGUGGCGGCAGAUCCGCAGACAAGGCCUCACCCCGGCAGUCCCAGGUCGCACUCACACUCCACUGGUUGUCAGACAACUACGAGCGGGCAGAGGGAGUGUGCCUACCUCGCUGUGUACUCUACCAACACUAUCAGGACUUUUGUAAAAAGAUGAAGUUCACACCAGCAGGAGCAGCUACAUUUGGAAAGAUAAUACGACAGCGAUUUCCCAAGUUGACCACUCGACGCCUGGGUACGCGAGGCCAGUCCAAGUAUCACUACUACGGGAUCGGUAUCAAGGAAUCAUCUAUCUACUAUCACUCGGUGUAUUCAGGGAAAGGACUCACAAGAUUUUCUGGCAUCAAGCUAAAGACAGAGGGUUCCAGUCGAAAAUAUUCACUGAAUUCAAAGACAGGUACAUUAUUACCGGAAUUCCCAAAGGCUGAAAACCUGAUUCUUCCCCCGGGAACUGAGCUUGAAAAGAUGCGCACAUUCAUCAUAAUGUACAGAACUCACUGCCAGAGAAUCCUAGACACGGUCAUUAGUGCUAAUUUUGAAGAGGUGCAGAAUUUCCUGGUCCAUUUCUGGCAAGGAAUGCCUGAACAUCUGCUCGACUUGCUGUCCUGCAGUCUCUUGCCGGAUAUCGUUGGUCUAUGUGAUUCCAUACUCUAUAAGGUAUUAUUGGAUGUCCUCAUACCGUCGUCCAUACAAGAUUUACCGAACACCCUGCUCGCCGAAAUGCGAUUGUUCGCAAAACACCUGCCGUUUUGGAUAGAAUCGUCCAUGGAAACGGUUUCCAAAAACAUUCUGGAUAAAAAAUUGGAAGUGGCAAAGACCUUCAUACUGAGCUUGAGAAGGCAGUCCUCCUUUGUUCAUCUUGCCCAGACCUCCAGAGCGGUGAUCGCCAACCAAGAGCUGAUUGGUCAGAUAGUGAAGGACAUAUCUGCCGUUGACUUCGAGGACAUCUGUAACCAAUCUGAGUUCCUGCAAACAGCAGAUAACCCGAAGUUUAGCGUGAAGAUGCAGGAAUUUUAUGAGGAGUUUAAGGAACUGCUGAGCAAACAAUCCUCCAUCGAAGGGUACACGGAGUGGAUAGACAAUGUCGUCGAAAAAAACGUGCUAUUGCCGAGCGGCGAGAAUGCUGAUGUGUUUAAGGAGAAAGCGGCAGAAUUUAUUCUUCAAUGGGGCGCCUUCAGCGGCUUACUCAUGAGAGAGCUCACGCUGCUUAAUUCCACAUCAUUUGCAUCUAUUCACAUCGUUCAUCUUAUGCUGGAUGAAUACACCUUCCUCGUCAUUGAAACACAACAAGACACUGAAAGUGAAGCAAAGUUACAGAAAGAAUUACAGAAACACAUGAAAAAUGCAGAAGUCAUUCAAACAAAGUCUGUCGUGCGCAACAAUUCCAGUAAAACUAUCAAUUCUCCAAAAACUAAAAAGAAGCGACACGCAGAGGAAUAUGAUGGUUUGUAUUUCUUGAUCCAAGACACCACAAGAACGCAGGAAAGCAAUUUCAAUUCAACUCCAACAGAUUCGCUAUCCACCUCUACAGCAUUUAGCAGACCGGUCCAUACAUCACACAAAGAUAUGCUCCAAUCGGGGACUUGUCAAGUGGGUAAUUACUCGCAGAACAUCAGGCCACAAAACGGAGCAAUAUCAGUGCCCCCGCUCAAACCGUAUCAGCCGUAUAACAAUACAUUUGAACGGCCUACGUAUCUACCUCAGUUUGGCAUUGGUUCAUAUCCGGACUAUAUCGGACACGGCGCGGCAUUCGGAAGUGGGCGAAUACCAAAUUACACUGAUAGUUACACUCAGCCAUUUUCGACAACUCCAUUUCCGUCUAACCUGUCUUCCAACCUUUCAUCAGUGAGUGGAAGUUACUGGACCGACGGGAGACCGACACACAGUUUCAACGACCCUUAUCAACACUACAAUAAGCUAAAUCCCACAUACGAUACCUUCAACAAAACUUCACUUUUAAGAAAUAAUGCCUACCAAGACACAAUCGCCAGAUCUACAUUCGAACCUCCCAGACCUUACUAUAGAAGUCCACAUGACAAUUUCCAAGUCGGCCCGUCCUUACAGAUGAGCUCGUACGGUGCUAACUUUAUGGACAUCGCUCCAUCUGGCGGACAAUACUGUUACCAGGAGGACCUGUUUACCGGCUCAGUCGCCUCCUUCGCCAAACCCUUUCUCUCUGGACCUUUCCGAUAAACUGUUAUAUUUAGUUUAGCACUGCCUGGCAAUCAGACAAUAAU